AACAUUUCUAUCUUUAGUUUGGUUUUACAAACAUGGACAUGUGAGAGAAAUAUUAUCCGCCUAGACCAAGACUUAACUUUGACUUGUUCAAAGGACAAACAAGGCGAAUGACAGUUAGUAACAACUGUAUAUUCUACCAGUCUAUCAAUCUACUAGGUUAUUUAUCUCAAAAUUCUACUAGGGUGGUGAACCAGAUAUGAUUGCAACAAAGAUGGUCCUCCAUGACUGGCAAAUUAAAGAGGCAGAUUGCUCUUUCUUGUUCCUCCCUCAUCAAUGGGAGGAUGGCUUGUUAGAAUCACAUACUAUGCAUGGAAUAGAUAAAGAGAUGGUGGCUAAUGAUAGUCAGGCGUACCUGCAGCAGCACGUGAAGCCAUCACAAAUGUAAUGUCAUCCCAGCAGCAAAGAAGUUAACUAGUACAAAGGGAUCUCUAUUCUCUUCAGUGAGAAAGAACUAAAUGAUGGGACAGCCAACGAAGUUCCUAAAUGAUGAUGAAACUGGAGAUCAAAAAAGGCUAAUGAGAGGG